GCGUCGCGCAGCUCCAAGGCACCGAGCCGAGGCAGGCGGCGGCGUGGCUGGAGCGCCGCGGGGAGAGCUGUGCCGGUUGCUCUCGGCAGCCGCGUCUCGGCCAGCUCUCCUCGCAGUCCCUGGGGCGCUGUGCAUCUCCAGUCCAGGACCGAAGCCGCCGGCCGUAGCGGGCGGCCAGAUCCGCGUCCCGCCUCAGCGCCCGGAGGACAUGCGGGAGAGAGAAUGAGCCAGAGGGACACGCUGGUGCAUCUGUUUGCCGGGGGAUGUGGUGGUACAGUGGGGGCUAUUCUGACAUGUCCACUGGAAGUUGUAAAAACACGGCUGCAGUCAUCUUCUGUGACACUUUAUAUUUCUGAAGUUCAACUGAACACCAUGGCUGGAGCCAGUGUCAACCGAGUAGUGUCUCCUGGACCUCUUCAUUGCCUAAAGGUGAUCUUGGAAAAAGAAGGGCCUCGUUCCUUGUUUAGAGGAUUAGGCCCCAAUUUAGUGGGGGUAGCCCCUUCCAGAGCAAUAUACUUUGCUGCUUAUUCAAACUGCAAGGAAAAGUUGAAUGAUGUAUUUGAUCCUGAUUCUACCCAAGUACACAUGAUUUCAGCUGCAAUGGCAGGUUUUACUGCAAUCACAGCAACCAACCCCAUUUGGCUUAUAAAGACUCGGUUACAGCUUGAUGCAAGGAACCGUGGGGAAAGGCGAAUGGGUGCUUUUGAAUGUGUUCGUAAAGUGUAUCAGACAGAUGGACUAAAAGGAUUUUAUAGGGGCAUGUCUGCUUCAUAUGCUGGUAUAUCAGAGACUGUUAUCCAUUUUGUUAUUUAUGAAAGUAUAAAACAAAAACUACUGGAACAUAAGACUGCUUCUACAAUGGAAAAUGAUGAAGAGUCUGUGAAAGAAGCAUCAGAUUUUGUGGGAAUGAUGCUAGCUGCUGCCACCUCAAAAACUUGUGCCACAACUAUAGCAUAUCCACAUGAAGUUGUAAGAACAAGACUACGUGAAGAGGGAACAAAAUACAGAUCUUUUUUUCAGACGCUAUCUUUGGUUGUUCAAGAAGAAGGUUAUGGGUCUCUUUACCGUGGUCUGACAACUCAUCUAGUGAGACAGAUUCCAAACACAGCCAUUAUGAUGGCCACCUAUGAAUUGGUGGUUUACCUACUCAAUGGAUAGCAGCAUGAGGGCUGCUGUACUACAACGAAGGAAGACCAAAAGAUGACAGUGGACCAUGGAAUAUGGAAGCCAGCAUGGUGGACAGAAGAAAAUUUGUUUGGGAACAUGUAACUAUUCUAAGUGGAAGUUGUGUUGUAGGAAUUAUAGUAAUCACACCACAUUACUUGACUUUUCAGUAAUGUGAA